CCGUAGCGUAGCCGGGGACCGCGAGGCGCGGGGCGGGCGCAGAGACUGCGUGGCGCAGGCGCAGUGCGGGGCUUCUCCUGGGUCCCCAGACAGCUGGAGGAGAUAAACAGAGGAGGAGGAGGGAGGGGAGUGCGUGUGUGAGAGCGCGCGAGGGAGUGUGAGUGUGUGUGAGCGCGGGUGUGAGGCGGUGCGCAGGGGCGGGUGGAGGCGCUGUCCGGCCCCGGCCAGGCGCCAGGCGGGGAGCAUGGGACGAGGCUAGAGCAGCCCGGGUCCCCAGCCCCCUUCCCGGGAUCCGCGCCCCUGCUCCCGGGAGAGGGGCCGGGCCCCCGGACCGUCAUGGGCUCCUGAAGUUGCGCCGCUGCUGGUCCCGGGAAGAGACCUGACAGGCUUCUGGCAGCCGCAGAUGCCUUCAGUGGCUCAUCCUGGCACCAAACUGAACUUUGCCAAGGUGUUUGCAUCAUCGACUGUAGCGCCCAGUACAAAAGGUAAUUAAAUGCUUGUCUUGUGGACCUGGGCUUGGUUGGAAUGUGCAAGGGUCUUGAAGAUCCUUCUAUAGCUUCCUUCUGUUGAACCAUUAAGAGAAGAUGGCAAAAGUCAACAUUACUAGAGACCUCAUUCGUAGGCAAAUCAAGGAGCGGGGUGCCCUGAGCUUUGAACGGCGAUAUCAUGUCACCGAUCCAUUUAUCCGGCGGCUGGGCCUGGAAGCAGAGCUUCAGGGUCACUCCGGAUGUGUCAACUGUCUGGAGUGGAAUGAGAAAGGAGACUUGCUGGCUUCUGGUUCCGAUGACCAGCACACCAUUGUGUGGGACCCACUGCAUCACAAGAAGCUGCUCUCCAUGCACACGGGGCACACAGCAAAUAUCUUCUCUGUCAAGUUCCUGCCUCAUGCCGGAGACAGAAUCUUGAUCACGGGGGCAGCUGACUCCAAGGUUCAUGUCCAUGACCUGACGGUAAAGGAGACGAUCCACAUGUUUGGAGACCAUACAAACCGGGUGAAGCGCAUCGCCACAGCACCCAUGUGGCCUAACACAUUCUGGAGCGCCGCCGAGGAUGGGCUUAUCCGCCAGUAUGAUCUUCGGGAGAACAGCAAACACUCAGAGGUGCUGAUUGACCUGACGGAGUACUGCGGCCCGAUGGUAGAGGCCAAGUGCCUCACAGUCAAUCCCCAGGACAACAACUGCCUGGCAGUAGGGGCCAGUGGGCCCUUUGUGAGACUGUACGACAUCCGAAUGAUCCAUAACCACAGAAAGAGCAUGAAGCAGAGCCCCACUGCCGGCGUGCACACCUUCUGUGACCGGCAGAAGCCCCUUCCGGAUGGUGCGGCGCAGUAUUAUGUGGCAGGUCACCUGCCGGUGAAGUUACCUGACUAUAAUAGCCGUCUGAGAGUGCUGGUUGCCACUUAUGUGACCUUCAGCCCCAAUGGCACAGAGCUGCUAGUCAACAUGGGAGGAGAGCAGGUUUAUUUGUUUGAUCUGACUUACAAGCAACGACCAUAUACCUUCCUCUUGCCUAGAAAAUGCCACCCAGUGGAAGUCCAGAAUGGCAAGAUGCCUACCAACGGUGUGUCCAAUGGUGUAUCCAAUGGCCUACACCUUCACAGCAAUGGCUUCCGGCUGCCAGAAAGCAAGGGGUGUAUCAGCCCCCAGGUGGAGCUGCCCCCAUACCUGGAACGCGUGAAGCAGCAAGCCAAUGAAGCCUUCGCCUGCCAGCAGUGGACCCAGGCCAUCCAGCUGUACAGCAAGGCUGUGCAAAAGGCACCUCACAAUGCCAUGCUCUAUGGGAACCGAGCUGCUGCUUACAUGAAACGCAAGUGGGAUGGCGACCACUAUGAUGCCCUCCGGGACUGCCUCAAGGCCAUCUCCUUGAACCCUUGCCACCUGAAGGCACACUUCCGUCUGGCCCGGUGCCUCUUUGAACUGAAGUAUGUGGCUGAGGCUCUGGAAUGCCUGGAUGACUUCAAAGGGAAGUUCCCAGAGCAGGCCCACAGUAGUGCUUGUGACGCACUGGGUCGGGACAUCACAGCUGCCCUCUUCUCCAAAAGCGAUGGUGAGGAGAAGAAGGCAGCUGGCGGUGGUCCAGUCCGCCUUCGGAGCACAAGUCGCAAGGACGCCAUCUCGGAAGAUGAAAUGGUGCUACGGGAACGGAGCUACGACUAUCAGUUCCGCUACUGCGGCCACUGCAACACCACCACAGACAUCAAGGAGGCCAAUUUCUUCGGCAGCAAUGCUCAGUACAUCGUCAGUGGCUCUGAUGAUGGCUCCUUCUUCGUCUGGGAAAAGGAGACCACCAACCUAGUCCGAGUGCUCCAGGGGGAUGAGUCCAUUGUGAACUGCUUGCAGCCGCACCCCAGCUACUGCUUCCUGGCCACCAGUGGCAUCGACCCUGUUGUGCGACUGUGGAACCCGCGGCCAGAGAGUGAAGAUCUCACAGGCCGAGUUGUGGAGGAUAUGGAGGGUGCCUCUCAGGCCAACCAGCGGCGCAUGAAUGCCAACCCCUUGGAGGCAAUGCUGCUGGACAUGGGCUAUCGGAUCACAGGCCUGAGCAGUGGGGGUGCUGGGGCCUCUGAUGACGAGGACAACUCUGAGGGCCAGGUGCAGUGCCGGCCCAGCUAGAUGCUCCCAGCCCAGUCCCCAGUCCUGUGCAGGAGAUCAGAGGGCUGGGUUCUGUUUUGGUUUGUCUUCCCACCCCCAUUUUUCAUUUCCCCUGUUUUGUUUGUUAGUUUGGCAUUGUGGGUGGGGAUUGCUGCAACUUGCUGGCUUUCAGACUCUUGGGGUGAUUGUCCCUUGACUAUCCCCAGCCCUGAGCAGAAAGGCAGGAGGGGAAGCCUCUCUGUCUGCCCUCAACUCCUGCUUCUGUGUCUCUGGAAGACUCUUGGCCCUUCUCAACCCCUUCUGCCUCCAGUGGGGCAGGAGCUGAAGUUGUCUUCAAGGACUGCCCUGCCCUUCAGUUGCAGCAGAGAGGGAGUGGAACUCCCCGCUGGCAAAGGCUUGCCUUGGCCUGUUGCCACUCCUGCUCCCCGCCUACAGGGCUAGCUCCCUGUGGUCUUUCUGGAAGGUCCCUUCACAGCCACCAGUGUCAGGGUGAAAGCACAGGAGGGAUGGGAGCCCUGGCGUGGCAAGGUCAGGCCACCUGCCCUGGUGGCAGUGGAGCUUCCUCAUCCCCUCCUGGCCUGUUCCCCUAGGCUGUCUUGGGGGCUUUGCCUUUCCUAUGAUGUGGCAGGAGGUGGGGCACCUCAUCCCACCCACCUGCCCAUGCAAGUACUUCUGCGCCAUGGCCACUCUCCUGGGGCGCUUCUCGGCCUCACUGUGACCUUUCUGCCAGAGCUCCCAGCCAGGCCCACUCUGCUGAGGUGGCGCUACCUAAGGACCCUUCUCGCCCUCUCUGCCCUCCUUCCCACCCGUGCGCUGAGCCGCCACAAAGACCAAAGAAGUGAUGGCUUCUCUCUGUCCCUGCUGCUCUGGGGGAGGGGUGGGAAAGUCCGUAGCUCAGCCGUCCCUCCUCAGCAGCCCCCCAAGCUUUACACUGGACACAGCACCACCCCACCACCAAGCCUCCCUCCCCCUCCUGCCCCCGCCCUGUUCUCGAGGUGGGAGUUGGUUCAUCCCUGCCUCCCCCGGCCCUGUGAGCUUCUGGGCUGCAGCCCUCCAGCUGCAGCCUCUGGGGAGAAGCAGCCUCCCUUCUCUCCCCUCCUUCCUCCCUCCCCCCCCCUCCCUCGCCCCUGUCUCUGCCAGGUGCCUCCUCUCAGUCAAGCUUCUGAGCGGCCUGGAGACAGGAGGGCCAUGCUAAAAGCUUUUUCACAGUUUUAAGAAGACUAGGGGGGGUGAGGCUAGUGGUGGGGGGUCUGGCACCAUCUCAUUGCUUUAAUCUCAGCGACACAGGUGGCAGCUUCUCCCCCUUCCUGCCCACCCCAGGCCCUCUUCCCACCCCUCUCUUGUAGCUUGGUAAUGAAGUGUGUUUAUUGGUGAAGGAGCCAGCAGCUGCUGCUGCUCCUGCUGGGGGACUUGCUCCCCUGUCUCCUCCUCAUGACCUUUCUCAAGCCAGGGAGGGGGAGAAAGAGUGUUGGGCUAGGCCGUGGGGCACAAGAACUGGCCAGGGUCCCUUUGCUUUCCUAUGUUCAAGCCACCUGCCAUUUCCUCCCUCCACGCCUCCUGUCUCCCCCCCACUUGCCUAGCCUGGGCCCUGCAGUGUGGAGACACAUAAGCCUUACUGUCCUCUGGGGGCAGGAGCCGAGCCUUUUUGUUGCUCUGCUCCCAGGAGAGUGAGGGUGACGCAAUUGAUUAAAAACCAUUUUGUUCUAGUUGCGACUAGUGGCAUUUGUUGGGAUACACGUGGGUCUUGAGUCCUCCCCCCCCAAAGCUCUCUGACUGGAGCAGCCACACCUCUGCAGAAGGAAACCUGCCUUGUGAGGGUCUCACUGAACAGCAGCCACUCA